UUUCUAUUUUCUAGGGAAAUACUCGUGAAGAUGGCAACAGCAUCCGAGAUCGCCAUUCCGCAGUCUGCAGAAGAUAUCGCCCCCUCCUGGGUGCAAGAGGUACUGCAGAAGGACCUCCCGGGCGUCUCCAUCACGGACGUCCAUGUCAAGGGAUCCAUCAGCCAAUUCGAGGGAUUCUUGAGCGACAUCAUCGCUUUUGAUGCCGUGGGCAUUAGAAAUGGAGCGAGUCAGCGAUACAGUCUCGUCGCCAAGCUGACAGAUUUCAAGCGGCCGCUGACAGUGAUGGAACAUUGGACAAAGGACCUGCAGAUCAAAGCAGAGACGAAUGAGGUCAAGUUUUAUUCAGAAGCGAUCCCCGAGUUCCUAUCUGUGGCAAUCCCAAGCAAAGAGCAAAAAUCUAAGCGAGGGAAUGAAGAUGACUUGUUCCUUCCGAAAUGCUACUUCGCCGCCACCGACCCGAGCUCCAAGGUGUCCGUCAGGGUUAUGGAGAACCUGAAAAGUCAGGGGUUCUCCAUAAAAGUCAACCGCCAGUCGCUAAGCCGUGAUGAGAUGAUGCUUGCAGCCGGGGCCCUGGCGCAGGUACACGGCCUGUCACACCGGGUGGAGAUCCGUUCAGGGGUGCCUCUUCCCGAGAAGUUCGACUGGAUCACGACUCUGUCAGGUGCCAAAGCUGCGUGGAGGGAUGUUACAAGUUACGUGUAUCAGCAAGCCGUCACGGAAUUCGCCACAGCUUUCCCCGACCAGGCAGACCUUGUAGCUCGUCUGGAGAAGUUAGGCACUCUGAAUCCGAUGGAGGCGGAUCCAAGGCCGAGGCUUAAGGUGCUUAGCCACGCCGAAUGUUGGAACAACAACAUCAUGUUUAAGUACGCUGAAGAUGUGCCUACCGACGUGCGGCUGGUGGACUGGCAGACGCCCAGGUACCUGCCACCAACGUACGACCUGACUUUCCUGUUUCUUUGUAACGCGAGUUGGGACGUCUUCCACGACCACAGGGACGCCAUCCUGGCUCACUAUCACCACAAACUGAUGGAGACCCUGGGUCCAAACGAAUCCUCGGGCUCACAGAGCUACACACUGGAACAGCUGAAGGCAGACUUCGAAGCCGACUGUCUGUACGGGGUGAUCGAAUGUUUUAUCCAUUUCACUGUCCUUCCUGCAGAUCAAGACCUGCUGCGGAUUCUUCAGGAGAUCAAGGAGUGGGGAGUUAUCUAA